AUGUGCAGGCUCAAGCUUAUAUCAGUAUCACAAUAUCAGAUCACUGUAGACAGUAUCCCAGCUUGUGCUAAAUGGCAGUCAACCCAUCUUGCCUUCCAUGAUAAGCCUCAACAUAAGCAUGAGCUGCACUAUAGAAACCCUUUAGAUGCUAUCCAGGCAUUAUUGGGUAAUUCUGCGCAUGCUAGAGAUAUAGUUUACAAACCAUCAGCUAUAUUCACCAACUCUACACAUUCAACCAGGAUCUAUAAUGAAAUGUGGAGUGGAAGAUGGUGGCAUGCUGUUCAGGUGGGUGUAAGAUGA